UGGCGCUGCAAUGCCCCAGUGGUCGUUCGGCCACAGAGUCGUUAAAAGCGUUGCUCGCCUCCACCGUGUCAAGGACUCACAAUAUCCGGCGGGGUAAGGCCCUCGCGGUGGGGCGUGCCCGAGGGCGUGCCGCGGCGGCCUAACCUCUUAUAUGCCGCUCUACGCGCCUGAGACCCGUCACUCUCGAGCCAGGCGUCAACAUGAGCCUUGCGAGCAGAACGAGACCCGUGGCGGUGCUCGCCGUCGCCGUCCUGGCGCUCGUCGACGGCGGCGCCCCGGCAGCGGUGGAACAGCAGGGCAAGGUGGGCUCCGCGCUGCUGGCGAGCUGCCCCCGGGAACGUGGCCUGGCCUCGCCGUGCGCCGUGCCGUGCACCGUGUCGGGCAUGUCGGGGCGGCUGUGCCGCGCGUGCUGCGUCGCCCUGGGGCUGGACGGCGCCCCCACGCCCGCCUCCGCCGCCCCCACCGCCUCCGGGCGCCCGUCCAGCUCCACGACCUCGUCGCCGGCCGGCGGGGACAACGGCCCGACGCAAGCGCCGGAUGUGUUGGAGUUCUUCGCCAUCCGCAAUGCGACGCAGUGCCUGGCGCCCUGUGUGAACUACACCGCCAAGGAGAUCCGCAACGCCUUCGAGAACCCCAAGGCGGACCCGGACACCCUAACCAAAAUGGCGUCCCAGCUCAGUCUGAGCAACCCGGGGCAAGAUUGGAAGAAAAUACUCGAAAGCGCGGCCAGCGGGCGUUACGCCUCCAUCGUCACGCUGUGCGAGAGGGGCAUGCUGAUUUGCUGACGAAUACGUCAAUUAUUAAUUAGCAUGCAGGAAGCGUGCCCUCCCCCUCCCUCUGUUUCUCCAGAGUAUUCUUUUCCCAGUAGCUCGCUCCCGCUCCCCUAACUACUUACCUUGUGCCGUUUUCCCCAACAGCUUUCUCUCU